AGGACAACCGGGGGGCCCCCACGACGAAAAUAGCUCAAGUGGAUUUCUUUGGAACUCCUGUAGACAGUUUGCAGCAGCAGCAACAGCAGCAGCAGCAACAGCAGCAGCAGCAGCAACAGCAGCAGCGGGGGGAGUCCAAAGGUGCACGCACACCCGAAAGUCCAAAGCUGCAGCGCCCUGUAGAGAAAGCUCUUUAG